CUGAUACACUGUGACUGUGGGACUGGUGGUGAGGAUUAUCCAGGAGGCUGGAGGAAGGAAGACAGGGAGGGGGGGAGGUUAGCAACGAGCAUCAUCCGGAGAGGACCGUUUUGCCAGGGAAGCUGGCCGACAAAUAACGCGGAACAGUAAGAAAUUGGACUUUGAAGUUGGAUGUUUAGACUGUCAUUUUCAAAGGAUACUGACCUCCAAGGAAGAAAGUCAGUUCGUGAAUAUUCCAGAAACGCGUGCAGAUCCAACACAACUGAGUGGGAAUCAGAAAAUCCCAGUAGGGUUAUGCAACUCUAAUCAAUUGCAGUUCUAUAGAAAGUGUCCUACUAUUUCUUCCCUAGUGCUGUCUUUCUGUAGUGUUUUCGAGGGCAACUGGGAUUACUGAGGCUGGUCGUUCAUUACGGUGUUUGGGGGGGGGAUUGGACCAUAUUGGACGCUUGAUAGUCGAGGUUGGGCUCCACGGAGAGAAGAUGUCGGGGCAGACGCUGACAGACCGCAUCGCCGCGGCGCAGUACAGCCUGACUGGAUCCGAGGUGUCCCGAGCUGUGUGUAAAGCCACCACACAUGAACAGACAGCUCCAAAGAAAAAGCACAUGGAAUACCUGAUCCAGGCCACCCAGGAGACCAAUGUGAAUGUCCCCCAGAUGGCCGACACUUUGAUGGAGAGGGCCGGCAACGCCAGCUGGGUGGUGGUUUUCAAAGCACUGAUCACUACACACCACCUCAUGGUGCAUGGCAACGAGAGAUUCCUGCAGUUCCUGGCGUCUAGAAACACCCUGUUCAACCUCAGCAACUUCCUGGACAAAACUGGCUCCCACGGCUAUGACAUGUCCACGUUCAUCAGACGCUACAGCCGCUACUUGAACGAGAAGGCCUUCGCCUACAGACAGAUGGCUUUCGAUUUUGUGCGAGUCAAGAAGGGAGCUGACGGAGUGAUGAGGACCAUGUCAGUAGAGAAGCUGUUGAAAGGAAUGCCAACCCUGCAGAGCCAGAUCGACGCACUGCUGGAUUUUGAUGUGCAUGCACAAGAACUGAACAAUGGAGUGAUAAAUGCCUGCUUUCUCCUACUCUUCAAAGAUCUGAUCAAAUUAUAUGCCUGCUACAAUGACGGCAUCAUUAACCUGCUAGAGAAAUUUUUCCAGAUGAAGAGGAGCCAGUGUAAAGACGGGCUGGAGAUCUACAAAAGAUUCCUGACGCGAAUGACUCGGGUUUCAGAAUUCUUCAAAAUUGCUGAGCAAGUGGGAAUAGACAAAAAUGACAUACCUGAACUCACUCAGGCCCCAGAAAGUCUUCUGGAGUCCCUGGAGACCCACCUUAACACGCUGGAGGGGAAGAAGCCAGAGGAUAAGUCGCCCACUAAGGACACCACAGCCAACAACAGCUCACCGGGUGCUGCUACCGCUGCUGCUGCUGCUGCGCCGGCCAAGCCAGCACCUCCCGCUACCGCUGGCGGGCCCCCUGCUCGCCCCGGGCCACCUGCCAAACCUCCUCCACCUUCUGUCACUCCCACAGCACCGGCCCCCACCUCCACCACUGCCAGCAAUGCUCUUGAUGAUGGGUUCUUGUUGGAUCUAGACCCUAUGUCCUCCUCAUCAGCAGGGGGCGCUGCAGCGACUUCCUCCAUGACUGGAUGGGGAGAUCUGUUGGCUGAGGCAACUCCGGGUGCCCCUGACGAAGCCUCUGAAGCUCUCUUGGCGGAGAGCGAGUCUGCUGAUUCUGCUGCCGCUUCUGCGACCACUGCCACUGCCGUUGCGGCCGCACCGGUGCCUGCCUCGCUGCCCAUUUCAGCACCAGCUACCACCGCAGCUGCAGAUAUGGACCUCUUUGGAGAUGCGUUUGCACCUUCCCCAGGAGAUGGUCCUGCUGCCGUGGCCGCGGGCCCUGCUGCUGAUGCUUUUGGUGGAUCUGACCCCUUCGCUACGACAGAGGGGAGUGCGGACAUUGCUCCAGAGCUGGACCUGUUCGCUAUGAGGCCCGCCGACAUGGGGGCCACCGCUGUCACCCCUCCCACCUCUAGUGAGGCGCCGACCAUCGUCGCCCCCAUCGUCGCCCCCAUCGUCGCCCCCAUCGUCGCCCCCGCUGCCCCCGCUGCUCCCGCUGCUCCUACCCCUUCUUCCACCACCACCACUACCACCACAACCACCAUCGACACCACCACAGAGUCUGCAGCCGCCCCGACUCUAGAUAUCUUUGGUGAUAUGUUUGAUUCUAUGCCUGCGCAAAGCCCUACCACAGAAUCCAAAGCUGCUACCACUCCUAGCGUAGACCUUUUUAAAUUAGACCUUCCUGCUGUUUCACGCGGGCCCUCUCCUUUGCCCGAGGCAGCUCCUGCUGGAGACAUUGUGACCGACUCAUUUACAUCUCCAGCUCCUGCUGCUGCUCCUGUCGCUGCUCCUGCUGCAUCUCCCGUCCCAGAGGCCUCCACUCCACCCAAAGCAGAGCCGGCACCUGUCAUUGACCUGCUGGACUCCUUCAGCAGUCCUGUGGAGGAGAUGCAGAGCUCUGCCCCUGGAGGGCCUGGAGACGACCUGCUGGGAGGCCUGAUGUCCCCUACCCUGGCUCCCACCGCUGCCCCAGCUCUGGCUCCUGCCUUGGCUCCAGCUCUGGCCUCAGGUCCAGUGCAGAAUGACCUCCUGGAGUCUGGCUUUGAUGUUCUAGGCUCCCUUACCUCUCCAACACCACCUUUACCUGCUGCAGUGGCAGCAGUAGCAGUACCAGAACCUGCAACCACCACACCGGUGCCCUCUGGUGGCUUUGAUGCUUCAAUGUUUGAUGGGUUAGGCGACUUGCUGAUGCCCGCUGUAACGCCCCAGAGCACCGGGGGCAGCACUGCUGGAAGCACAGCAGGAAGCAUGGGAACUCCUGUCGCAGCGGGAGGCAUUACAGCCGCCACCCCACCUCCUACCAAAACCAUCGGUGGCGACCUGGACUCGUCACUGGCCAACCUGAUUGGAGACCUUGGAGUAAAGAAAAAGGACCCACAGAGUGAGAAGAAGCUGACGGGAGGCGCCAACUGGAUGCCAAAGGUAGCUCCCACAAGCUGGGGCACACCAGGAGCCCCUAUGGCUGGUGCCCCCCCUGGAGCUCCAGGGGCACCUGGAGUAGCUCCACCUGCUGCAGCCAUGGUGCCACCAAUGACACAUGCACAGCCUGGGUUUGGGAUGCCUCCUGCCGGAGGGCCUGGAGCUCCAAUGAUGCAACCCAUGAUGGGGCAGCCUAUGAUGGGACAGCCCAUGAUGAGACCUCCCUUCAGUGGAGUAGCUGGAGCUACACCCGGAGCAGCUGCACCAGGAGCACCGCUUUCUCCAGGACCUGCGAGCCAGAGUCCCAAGAAACCCAAGGACCCUUUGGCAGAACUCGACCUCAAGGACUUCUUAUAACGCCCCAGCUGUUUUCCGCUCUGGAGCAGGGCCCUCUCACCUAUUACCUGGUGUCUGUCAACAUCUCAGGAUGCCAGUGAUGUUUAGCUACUCAACCUAAUAAGAGCCUCUUUUCUCCACCUCGCCCUUCAACACCCUACCCUUCUCCCGUGUGAUGUUGUAGCACAAACUGUGAAAGUGAACCAUAGCGGAUUAUAUAUAUAUGUAUAUAUCUAUAAAUCUAUACAUAUAUAGAUAUAUAGAUAAAUAUAUAGAUAUAUAUGAGCAAAAAAAUACAAGUGUGUGCUUAGGUAGAUGUACUGAUCUUUUGUCUAAACAAAAUCACUCAAAACCCUAACAAAAAAAGUUCACAAAAGUAUGUGAGAGAAAGUGAAGGUUUAUGUGUUUAGAUUUCUUUCUAGUGUUGAGUUGAAUGAUGGAUGUGCUUUGGUGUCCUUUGCUCCACCCACUGCCCCUUAUGUGUCCCGCCUCCUUAUAAAGGGGGAGGAGCUCUUCUUUGUCCCUCUCUGAUUGGAUGAGAGUGGGAAACGAAGCCCAGGUAGAUUUUUGGAGAAACAUGUUGUGUGUUGUUUACAGAAAAGUCCUCUUUGAUGUACAUAGAUUUCUCUGGCGAGGAUUACGUCUCUAUUCUGUAUGUCUGUUGAAGAGAAAUAUAAAUGUGAAUCGGACAUGAAAAAUUGUAAGAAGUCGUGUGAGUAACCUUCUAUUUCCUGUCAUCUUUUGAAAAUAUUUGGAAACAAAUAUGAAUACAGCUAUAAGAUUAAUAUACUGUAUAUUAAGAAACAGCUUCUAUGGGCUCCUGAAUCAUAACAGACCAGGAAGUGAUCAUUUUGUUUGUUUCAUUUUUUACUUGUGGUUUCUUUUUUUGUCUUUUUGUCCAAUCUUUCUUAUGUGUUCUGUUUCUUUUAGAAUAAUCCUCCAGACUGCUGUUGAUAUUUGCUGGCAUUGGUAUUAAAGAACAUAUCUUGCAACUUACUUCCAGAGAAAAUGCUUUGGUUAAUUGCCAUAGAGGUACACGCAAACUAGCCUUCAAAGUAACUAUACAAGUGUCUACCUGCGGUUUUGACACUACCCAUGUGGAUAUGUCCAUUGCCUGUGAUUUCAUUUUAACUAUGACCAGGUCAGUAUGUUUUUGUUUUUUUUGUAUUUAGAGGAAGAUAUUCCAUUGUCAUACCAAACUCUAUGUUCAGACAGAUCAAAUCAGAACAAAAAUAAAGUCACGUUUGAUAUUGCGCCCAAGAUUUCAAAGAAUAGCAGAAAACCAACAUGGUGCUCCAGGAGGAAGAACUUUUGUGGCUCACUUUUCUCUGUGACUAGAAAACCUCAUCACAAAAGUCAGAUUCAGGAACAUAUUAAAGGUACCCUGUAAAGUUUUUUUUGUUGUUUUUUUUUUUUUAGCAAAGUUCUGUUUACAUUCCCUGUUUCUCACCAAAUAAGCUUUGUGUGUUUCUUUGAGGCCUAACAAAUGUUUUGAAUGCAUUUACUUCCUCUUAAGACAUUUGAAAAGCCAAUUUAUUCUUAAAACUUUGAAAUCUACAAUGUUUACAAACAAAAAGCGCUCAUCAAAACGUUGCCUCAUAGAGCUACCAAGUGGUCAAAUUCUCUACAGGGUACCUUUAAGUUCCUUAAUACUAACCUGUUGCAUCCAGUGCAGUUGGACAAAAUCAAGUGAAUAUCUGCACUGCUGCUUUGAUAAUUUUGUAUUUAAGGCAGAAAGUGCAGACAAACAAUGAGAUUUGACAACAAUUCCCAUUUGAUUGAUGUCUGGACAUAAUGUUUGUUCAAGUUGUUCAUGAUGAUUGCUGUCCUUUGGCCCAUAAUCAUAUUUUAAGUGACCACAAGGGAGCAAUGUGUACAGGCCACUGUCUGUCUAGCCAUGACGUGUUCCCCAAAAGCAUUUUAACACAAAGCUCCUUUGUUCCCACAGACUGACAGUAGAAUCAAUAUGUUGAUAUGCAUUUAAACACCUGAGGCCCCAGUCUUGUGCUGUAACCCAGACUAAUGUAAAGCUUCCUCUGUGUCUUGUCAUUUCAGUGGACUGAAUAAUCAACUGGUUGUGAGAAUCUGAUGUGAUUCAGAGAAAAUAAUGGGAGGUUAUUAACAUUUUAGAUGACUGAAUUAAAAUUGUAUUUUUGUUUAUUUGUAAAUUAAUUUUAUUUACGAUGACCCUCCCCAGUGCAUGUAAGCCCUUUGAGGUGCAAUAAAUUCAAUGACGGAUUAAA